AUGCAGGAUGAGUCUGAGUGGCUUCUCAUGAACGUGACAGUGGAAACCAAAUUGCUCAUAAAUUUUCAAUUUAACAGAAGCGUGCUCAUUUACACAGUCACCAUAAAGAGGCGAUCAGUCCUCUAUGUGGUCAACUUCAUACUCCCCAUCCUGUUCUUCUUGUUUCUGGACUUGGCCUCCUUCCUCAUCUCAGAGAGCGGAGGUGAGAAGCUCAGCUUCAAGGUCACUGUGCUGCUGGCUGUCACAGUGAUGCAGCUGAUUCUGAACGAUAUUCUGCCUUCUUCUUCAGACAGGAUCCCCCUUAUAGCGAUCUAUUGUAUCGGGGCUUUUGGUUUCAUGAUGCUGAGCCUCUUGGAGACGAUCUUGAUGAUGUACCUGAAGGAAAAAGACGAUGUGUCCCAGGACAAAGAGGCAGAUGAAGACCAAAGCCCAGAAGACAACUGUGGAGAGAAACCAGGAAGAAUGCAAAACUUCUUUAGAGACAUGAAUAAAUCAUGUCCCUGCGGGCGUGUCUUUGAUCUGUCCCCUGGUGAGAUGCCCCCAGAGCUGCUGCCUGAGGUACAAGAGAUCAGGAAGACUUUUACUGUUAGCAGCAGCCAGCUGACCGAGGAGUCCCACAACUCAGAGAAUCUAUUCGAGGAGCUGAGGGAGGUUUUAAAAACAGUGGCUCUGCUUCUCAGCAGCAGGAAGGAAGAAGAGAAACCCGGCUACUGGACCAGGAUGACCAAAACCAUCAACAGAAUCUACUUCAUGUUCUAUUUCAUAUCUACCA